UUGAGAGUAGGUAAUUUUUUAUUACUGUAAUAAAACCUCAGUAGCAUUUCCAUUUGGCGAGUUAUUUGCAUCAUCAAAUACUGACCUCCUUUUCCUAUUCGUGAAAAUAAUAUCAAAUACAUGUGACAAGAUAAGUUGUUUUGCCUUUUCUUAGUUAAUGCACUGUAAUUGAAUCGGGUAGGUAAUGUUAUUACUGGUUAUAUUGAUUGUUUCAAGAAUCUUAUUUCGAAUUGGCGAUUGCUCAACGAUACAAUAAGUUGUACAACCAACUUUUAUUCCAUCAUUGAGAGAAAAAGAAAUGGACGGCGACUACGAGAACAUUGAUUUCGAUGAAAAUAUAGAAAUAACGGAACUUGAUGAUUCUAGAUACAGUACAAGUUUUCAUGUUUCCAAGAAAUAUUUUGGAUUAAUAAUAGGAACUCAACAACAGACAAAAGAUAAAAUUGAGCAAGAUACCAAGACGGAACUGAAGAUACCUGGACAUGGUCAAGAUGGAGAUAUCACUAUACUGGGACCUACUGCUGCAAAUGUGACAGCCGCAAGACGGCAAAUCAACAUGAUAGUUGUGUCGUUGCGAAUGAAACAGAAGCCUACGCAUUUCAUUUCAAUACCUAUGAAUAAGCCGGACAUCAUGGACAAUUUUACACGAUUUCAGGAAGCUGUCCUUCGCGAUUGUCAAAGCCGUGGGUUACAUGAAUCUAUCUUUAUUAAGCCCGGCAAAAUCCAUCUAACCGUAGGAGUUACGUGUUUAACGGAUAAUCAGGAAAAGAUUUUUGCUUCCAACUUGCUUACAGAGGCCAAGGAGAAAGUUAUAAUCCCACUGCUUCAAGAUCAUUUUCCUCUAAAAAUUCGUAUUAGGGGCUUGGCCAACAUGGGUAACGAUUCCGGAAACAUGAAAGUUCUUUAUGCUAAAGUUGAAGAGCAUGAGUCAACGCCCGGUAUACUUCAGCAGUUAGCUGAUAAAAUUGUAGAUUUUUACAGCAGGAAAGGUUUAAUGAAUAAAAACGCAUUUGGCCGAGACAGCGUCAAAUUGCAUGUAACGCUCUUGAACAUUAGGUAUAGGAGCAAAUCAUCUCAGGACAUCCGAGUAGAAAAUAAAAGGAUCACAUUUGACGGUGCGGACAUACUUGAUAAGUUCGCCAAUUUCGAUUUCGGUGUGUUGGAAGUGACUGAUAUUCAUUUGUCUCAAAUAAAUACUAUUGGGCCCGAUGGGUAUUAUGAACCUACUUUUAAAAUAUCUAUUCCUUAAGGCGCUUCGCGCAGUUUUUGGCCAAAAACUGUUACUUUUUAGAGCUUAUAACUUCUAAAUGAGUCAACCAAAAAUUAUGAAAAAAAUAUAUAUGCAUCUUCACUCUAUGGACAACAAUCGCAACAUUUGACUUUUUUCCUGAAAUUUGUAGUUUCACCGAAAAAAAAAUAACACGACAGGCCGUUUUGCGGCUAACUUUGCUUAUAACUUCUAAACGGCUUAAUCGAUUAAAAUUAUUUUCAAACUAACAAAUAUGUUUUAACAGGUUCUACAAAUGCAACAUAGCUUUUCUUAAUCAAAAAAUAUUUUCUUAAGAAAACGAACGUUUUUCCACAUUUCAUGCGUA